ACGCUAUGAUAUCUCAUCGUAAAAUGUUGUGGUCAAGUUCCAUAGCGUAUUUGAGUUGCAUGAUUUUCAUGGUAAAUGCUGGGCAUCCGACCAAGAAUUACUGCGCAGUCAGUUUAUGUCCUAACAAUAAGCAUGUCGCCUGCGGAAUGAAUCCAGACUCUUUCGACGAAACAUGUAGCAUCGAUGCUGAGGUCAUCUCCAUGACUAGUAAGCUGCGUGCCUUUUUAAUAAAACGUAUAAAUACGGUGCGCAACAUGGUAGCACGAGGUGGAUUCAACGGCUUUAGUUCAGCUGCCAAUAUGAGCACCGUUGAGUGGGACAAGGAACUGGCCUUUCUGGCAGAGAUGAAUGUGCGCAAUUGUUAUUUGCACUAUGAUGCUUGCCGCAAUACGGAUAGCUUUAAGAAUGUCGGACAGACGGUUGCCUAUCGUGGUUACAGAGGCACAAUACCCGACUUGGAUGAUAUUUUAUACACGCAACUUCAAUUAUGGUUUAACGAGGAGCAAAAUGUGACGAUGCACGACAUCGCCAAAUACAAGAACCCAUAUGGUAAUCCAAGGUUGAACUUCAUGCAACUUGUGCAUGACAACGUACACAGUGUGGGCUGCGCAGCUCUGCAACAGUCAAAUAAUGGAUGGCUGCAAACAUUUUUAACCUGCAACUUUGAUCAGGCGCCCGUUGUGGGCCAGCCGGUCUACGUUCAGAGUCUCCAUCCUGCUGAAUCCUGCAAAUCUGGUAAAAAUCCAUCAUUCGUAAAUCUCUGCUCGGUAAGUGUGACCAAGCACAGGGUAGCAGCAAGUCAGUCAACUAAGAAAGGCAAAGGUACUAAGACCCAGCGAGGUGUAGCGAGUCGUAGAACUAAACCAGAUGAGGCAGGUAAAAAUAAUACAAUUCCUGACGGAGAGCAAAAAAAUGAGAACAUGCUGAAUCCUGGAGAAGCGACAAAUACAACUGUUAAUGACGUUCAAAAUGCUACACAGGGCGCUCAAAAUGCCACCAAGGACGUCCAAAUUGCUACACAGGGUGUUCAAAAUAAUACCCAACAUGAUGAUGACUUACAAAACGAAGAAAUCGCUAAUAAUGACUAUUGGCGUAACAAGUUCCUCAGAUUUACGGAAAAUGUAAAAAAAUCGUUGAAAAAGGGCAAAGAUCGCAACGUUGUGAUGUUAACCAUGAACCAUGAAGUCGACACUGACAAGAUACCAAAAAUGGAUUUCCAAGAUGCACUGGUGCGCACGCGCGAAUUGCAUAUUCAGAAUACUAUCGAGAAUCGCGUACUGCCAAUUCGCCAACGUGGCAUUUCAUCUAGAACACAUGCUGCAGGACCCAAAGUCAUGUUAAGAACCCAAAAAGCAAAGCACCACAGCAGAGGUGUGGCUAAAUGGCGCACACUUUGACGCUAACAGCGUUAUUUGAAUUCUCCAAAAUUUGGUAAAAAUUUUAUAAGGUUUGUAUUCCUUCAAUUCUGAUUUGUACGACAUUUCACUAGCAACAUUUUGAUUAAUAUUCACUUUAAUUUCAAAAACCUCAUGUAUGUGCAGUUGGUUGCAGAUGUUAUUAAAUUUAUGAUGAAACCAAGAUCUAUAAUAAUUAUAGGCAUAAUAAAGGUCGUAGAUAGUGAGUGUUGGCUCAGCAUAAA